AAUAAUAAUAAUAAUAAUAAUAAUAAUAAUAAUAAUAAUAAUAAUAAUAAUAAUAAUAAUAAUAAUAAUAAUAAUAAUAAUAAUAAUAAUAAUAAUAAUAAUAAAAAUAAAAAUAAAAAUAAUAAUAAUAAUAAUAAUAAUAAUAAAAAUAAAAAUAAUAAUAAUAAUAAUAAUAAUAAUAAUAAUAAUAAUAAUAAUAAUAAUAAUAAUAAUAAUAAUAAUAAUAAUAAUAAUAAUAAUAAUAAUAAUAAUAAUAAUAAUAAUAAUAAUAAUAAUAAUAAUAAUAAUAAUAAUAAUAAUAAUAAUAAUAAUAAUAAUAAUAAUAAUAAUAAUAAUAAUAAUAAUAAUAAUAAUAAUAAUAAUAAUAAUAAUAAUAAUAAUAAUAAUAAUAAUAAUAAUAAUAAUAAUAAUAAUAAUAAUAAUAAUAAUAAUAAUAAUAAUAAUAAUAAUAAUAAUAAUAAUAAUAAUAAUAAUAAUAAUAAUAAUAAUAAUAAUAAUAAUAAUAAUAAUAAUAAUAAUAAUAAUAAUAAUAAUAAUAAUAAUAAUAAUAAUAAUAAUAAUAAUAAUAAUAAUAAUAAUAAUAAUAAUAAUAAUAAUAAUAAUAAUAAUAAUAAUAAUAAUAAUAAUAAUAAUAAUAAUAAUAAUAAUAAUAAUAAUAAUAAUAAUAAUAAUAAUAAUAAUAAUAAUAAUAAUAAUAAUAAUAAUAAUAAUAAUAAUAAUAAUAAUAAUAAUAAUAAUAAUAAUAAUAAUAAUAAUAAUAAUAAUAAUAAUAAUAAUAAUAAUAAUAAUAAUAAUAAUAAUAAUAAUAAUAAUAAUAAUAAUAAUAAUAAUAAUAAU